AUGUCCCAGGAAACAAAAGACUCCAUCUUCAAGACCCUCGACAACCUUGCGUUGACCCCAUACCCUGCCCUUCUUCUCGGGUCCUCUCUUCUCUUGAAGGGUAUUACACAGCCAGCACCAAUCAGUGCCACAGGCUCUUCAGGCGGAUCUGCUCACUUCAGCCAGAGAUUGGCACUCACCAAGCCCACCAGAGCCUCGUGCUACACUUUCGGAGCCGCAAACCUCGUGGGGGCUUGGCUUUCCUACGAUGGAGAACCUGUCAAUGCUGCAGGCUUCAACUUUGCAUGGGCCUCGUUGUACUUGAUAGUCAACGGUGGCCCCGGAGUCAAGAGCUUGUUCAAGGCGCGGGUCACUCCUUUUGCCAUCAGCGUGUUGGCGUUGGGAAACGCUGGGUUGUACGGAAAGAAGUUUUUCUGGCCAUCGGGAUAG